AUGGCGCGAGAGUUGUCUGUUGAACAGCGGAAGGAAGAGGAGGAGUCUGUCAGUUGUCGUCUCUCGAUAGGCCGCCUGGAAGUGAGCAAUAUGCUAGUGCGGAGACGUAGUACUGUUGAACAGGGGGAGCUUCCACUUUUGAUAAUUCGGAGGGAAGGAACCGACUCUGAGACCUGGACUGUCCCGUUUCUUGAAACACGAAAGGGUCAUGUCUAUGAGCUGGAGCAGGGAGCGGGGUUUGAGGAUGGAAGCGGCCGCGAGGCUGUUGAUGACAUCCACGGGGUGGUUGAUGAUGGCACCCGUGGGGUGGUCGAUGAUGGCCUCCUCGGGGUGUGGUGGAGAUGGUACCCGAGAGGGGUUGAUGGUGGCACCCACGAGGUGGGAGAUGGCAUCCGCUUAGUGGUUGAUGAUGGCGGCCGCGAGGUGGCUGAUGAGGGCACCCAUGGGGUUGGAUAUGGCAUCUGCGGGGUUUUACUGAUGCAAAUUCAGCUUGAGCCUUUAGCAGAUGCAUAUGGUCUCCUGAAGCACAGGGAUGGCCGAUGGGAAUGGACUCUUGCUCCUGGGAUACCUCCUUCGCCAAGGUAUCAACAUGCAGCAGCAUUUGUAGGUGCCCGACUACAUGUUUCAGGCGGUGUGCUUAGAGGAGGGCGUGCUGUUGAAGGUGAAGCGACUGUUUCAGUGCUGGACACUGCUGCUGGAGUUUGGGUUGACAGAAAUGGAAUUGUCAGUUCUUCUCGAUCUAACAAGUCUUCUGUUGAAACGGACCCAAUGUUGGACCUUCUACAUCGUUGUCGCCAUGCAUCUGCUUCUGUUGGAUUGCGAGUAUAUGUUUAUGGUGGACUUAGAGGAGAUGUUCUGCUUGACGAUCUUCUUGUUGCGGAAAACUCACCGGUAAUGACUGAAGUUAGCAGCCUUAUCAACACAUCUGAAAUACCCUCUGGUUUGCGCAAUCGGGAUCUGGAUCAGCUCAAUAAGGAGCCCCAAACUUUGGCUUCCCAGCCAACCACCACAGGCCAAUCAGAUAUUGCGGCAUCUAGUGGCACAAGCUUGGACGAUAAAUCUUUAGAGAAACUGGUUGAAGCUUCUACUGCUGAAGCAGAGGCAGUCAGUUCAGUCUUUGAAGCUGCAAAAGCUGCAGCAGCUGCAGUCCAUCUAGAAGGGACUUCAGAUGGGCAGAAUCCUGUGGUUCAAACUGAUGAUAAGUCACAAGUCUCACAUUGUUCACUUGAUUCCAGUGAUGAGGAUGCCCUUGAAUCAGAUGUCCGCCUUCACCCUAGAGCUGUAGUGGUUGCUAAAGAGACUGUUGGUGGCUUGGGGGGGCUUGUGAGGCAACUUUCCUUGGAUCAGUUCGAAAAUGAGAGCAGGCGAAUGAGUCCUUGGAAUAUGGAUCAGGGAUAUGGUGCAAAGCGGGUUUAUAACAAGCAGAAGUCCCCUCUAGGAUUGCACAGGAAGGUCAUUUCCCUACUGCUUAGACCUCGAAAUUGGAAGCCUCCGACUAACAGAAGCUUUUUUCUGGAUUCAUACGAAGUGGGAGAACUUUGUUAUGCUGCUGAGCAAAUAUUUUUGCAAGAACCUACUGUUUUGCAACUCAGGGCUCCCAUUAAAAUUUUUGGGGAUCUUCAUGGACAGUUUGGUGACCUAAUGCGCCUAUUUGAUGAGUAUGGGUAUCCGUCAACUGCCGGAGAUAUAACGUACAUUGACUAUUUGUUUCUGGGGGACUAUGUUGAUCGUGGACAACACAGUUUGGAAACAAUUACAUUGCUUCUGGCUCUCAAGAUUGAGUAUCCUGAACACGUCCAUUUGAUCCGGGGAAACCAUGAAGCUGCCGACAUAAAUGCACUUUUUGGUUUCCGCAUUGAAUGCAUUGAGAGAAUGGGUGAGAAUGAUGGCAUAUGGGCAUGGACUCGUUUCAAUCAGCUUUUCAAUACUCUGCCGCUUGCUGCACUCAUUGAGAAGAAAAUCAUUUGCAUGCACGGUGGAAUUGGAAGGUCCAUAAACUUUGUAGAGCAAAUAGAGAAACUUGAAAGGCCUAUUACAAUGGACGCUGGAUCCAUUAUUUUGAUGGACCUUCUGUGGUCUGACCCCACAGAGAACGACAGUAUAGAGGGACUACGACCGAAUGCAAGAGGCCCAGGUCUAGUCACUUUUGGGCCAGAUCGUGUCCUGGACUUCUGUAAGAAAAACCGAUUGCAGCUCAUCAUUAGAGCCCAUGAAUGUGUGAUGGACGGCUUUGAGCGGUUUGCUCAGGGACACUUGAUCACUCUAUUUUCUGCAACCAAUUAUUGUGGAACGGCAAACAAUGCUGGUGCAAUAUUGGUGGUUGGCAGGGAUUUGGUGGUAGUUCCAAAGUUGAUUCAUCCCCUUCCACCUCCUUUCCAAUCACCGGAAUCAUCCCCAGACCAUGCCCUGGAAGAAACUUGGAUGCAGGAGCUUAAUAUACAAAGACCGCCAACGCCAACUCGGGGCAGGCCACAGCCUGCGCAUGACCGCAACUCCUUGGCCUUUAUAUGACUGAGAGAUCACCUCCUCUCCUUUCCUGCUUAAAGCAUGCCGAGAGUGCCGUAUCUUCAUCUUUGCCCUGGCCAUCAUUGGUCAAUCAGUUCAUCUUAUUCAUAUUCUUUUCAUCUUUCCAGGUAUGGAGAUGUUUGUGCCCAACCAUGUUCAAUGGCGUUGCUGGUUCCUCAGAGAAAUAAAUGGGAUGAAUAUGCGUUGAUAUUCAUUGUAUAUUAUUAUUGGCAAUAUCUCAUGCUCUGUAUAAUUAUCACCGAUAAUGGCUUUGCAUUUUUCAUGUAAUUCUACUGUACAAAGCAAUAGAUGAAGUUUUGCAUGACGAGUUAGA